GGCACAGUUUAGCGACGUUCCCAGAUACCAGAGUAGCAGCCAAACCGAAGACAUGUGUGGAAUCUUUGCCUAUCUCAACUACCAUGUACCAAGGACUCGCCGUGAGAUCCUUGAGAUCCUCCUCAAAGGUCUGCGACGUCUGGAGUACAGAGGCUAUGACUCAGCGGGUGUGGGGAUUGAUGGGGCCAACGGCAAGGACGGGAGGCCCCAAUCUAUCCAAAUUAUCAAGCAACGUGGAAAAGUGAAGGCUCUCGAUGAUGAGAUCCACAAGCAGCAGGACAUGGACCUCGAUAUGGAGUUUGAUGUUCAUGUCGGCAUUGCUCACACCCGCUGGGCCACCCAUGGCGAGCCAAGCCCAGUCAACAGCCAUCCACAUAGAUCUGACAAGACCAACGAGUUCAUUGUCAUUCACAAUGGAAUCAUCACCAACUACAAAGACCUAAAGAAGUUCCUGGAGAGCAAAGGCUAUGAGUUUGAGUCAGAGACCGACACGGAGUCCAUCGCCAAACUGAUGAAGUACAUGUAUGACAACCGUGAGAAUGACGACCUCAGUUUUUCCGUACUGGUGGAACGGGUGAUCCAGCAGCUGGAGGGAGCUUUUGCCCUGGUCUUCAAGAGUGUCCACUACCCCGGAGAGGCAAUUGGCACAAGGAGGGGAAGUCCUCUGCUGAUGGGAGUUCGGAGCGAUCACAAGCUCUCCACUGAUCAUAUUCCUGUGCUCUACCGCUCCUCUGCUAAAGAAAAGAAGAGCUGCAGUGGUAUACCUAGGAGCGACCAGGACACCUGCCUGUUCCCUGUGGACCAGAAAGCUGUGGAGUACUACUUUGCUUCAGAUGCAAGCGCAGUGAUCGAGCACACAAAUCGGGUGAUCUACCUAGAGGAUGACGAUGUGGCCGCCGUGAUAGAGGGCCGGCUGUCCAUCCACAGAAUAAAACGCAGGGCUGGAGACUACCCAUCCCGGGCCAUCGAGUCGCUGCAGAUGGAGCUGCAGCAGAUCAUGAAGGGCAACUACAGCACCUUCAUGCAGAAGGAGAUAUUUGAGCAGCCAGAGUCUGUGGUCAACACCAUGAGAGGGAGAGUUAACUUCGAUGAAAACACAGUGACACUGGGUGGACUGAAGGACCACAUCAAAGAGAUCCAGAGGUGUCGGCGACUUAUACUUAUUGCCUGCGGCACCAGCUACCAUGCUGGAGUAGCGACCCGUCAGAUCCUGGAGGAGCUAACCGAGCUGCCCGUCAUGAUUGAGCUGGCCAGUGACUUCUUGGAUAGGAACACACCUGUGUUCCGAGAUGAUGUCUGCUUUUUUAUCAGCCAGUCAGGGGAGACUGCUGACAGCCUCAUGGCCCUGCGCUACUGUAAGGAGAGAGGGGCUCUGACCGUGGGUGUCACCAACACAGUGGGCAGCUCCAUCUCCAGGGAGAGUGACUGCGGAGUCCACAUCAACGCUGGGCCUGAGAUCGGAGUAGCGAGCACCAAGGCCUACACCAGUCAGUUUGUGGCCCUCAUCAUGUUUGCCCUGCUGAUGUGCGAUGACAGGAUUUCCAUGCAGCCCAGACGCCGUGAGAUAAUCCAGGCUCUGAGACUUCUUCCAGAUCAGAUUAAAGAGGUCCUCGCGUUGGAUGAUGAGAUCCAGAAGUUGGCCGAGGAGUUGUAUCAGCAGAAGAGUGUCCUGAUCAUGGGCCGGGGCUACCAUUACGCUACCUGCUUGGAAGGAGCACUGAAAAUCAAGGAGAUCACAUACAUGCAUUCAGAGGGGAUCCUCGCUGGAGAGCUCAAACACGGCCCUCUGGCCCUGGUGGAUAAAGAUAUGCCAGUCAUCAUGAUCAUCAUGAGAGACCACACUUACGCCAAAUGUCAGAACGCCCUGCAGCAAGUCCUCGCCCGUAAGGCCCGUCCAAUUGUGAUAUGCGACAAAGAUGAUUACGAGACCAUCAAGAGCUCCACCCGCACCAUCAACGUGCCUCACUGUGUGGACUGCCUGCAGGGCAUCUUGAGCGUCAUACCUCUGCAGCUGCUGUCCUUCCACCUGGCUCAGCGCCGAGGUUUUGACGUGGACUGUCCAAGAAACCUGGCCAAGUCAGUGACAGUAGAGUGAAGUGCCCCAUUCAUCACGUCACGACAGAAGCCUGGCAGACACGUACACAGUGGAACGUACAGGGGGGAGAGCGUGUGUUUGCAGGAACCAAGAGAAGAAAAUUUCCCAUUUAUGUGUCAUGUCAGGGCUCUUUUUAAAGCAAAUUUUUUUUUUCUCAACAGCUGUGCAUCUUCACCGUGCAUAUUAUCUUUAUCUCAAUGUCUGUUCUCUCUUUGGUAUCAUGUCAUGUUAUUGUUAGAGAAGUGGUUUUGUGUCCAGGAUCUGGGCUGGCACUGGUGUAUCUUCAUCACUUUUACUGGGGUUGGGAGUCUGGGAGUCUGUAGUGACACUGACUGACUCAACAUGUGAGCAGGCGCUCUGUGUGUAUUUGUCCUGAUUGGCCUCUCGGGGAGCUGCUGUUAAAAAAAGCUGUUUACUGACGUAACGUUAGGUUGUUAAAAACCUUUUUUACUGGUUCUCCUUUCAUUAGUGCAAUGAUUUGUAGAUAUUUUUCUUUGGCUGCUGAUCAUUUGAAGUGUCUUUACUCCACAGAUGAAGUAAACAACAGUCUUAAAUCAUUCCAAGCCACAGGUCAUCAAUUUUUCAUAAUUACAGCGCAGUUUGCCUGUUUUGACUUGGUCUUUCCUCUGAGUUUGCACAAUUUACUGUAGGGGCAGCAUCAUAAGCUGGAUCACAGAGAAGUUAAUGAAUACACUAUUGUGUAGAAAGCUUCUUGGAUAGGUUACAAAUACUUACCAUGCACUGUUUCUACCUUUUAGUACGUUCUACUCACAGCUUGGAUAUAAAUGUAAAUGGAUGUAAAAACUCUGUGCACUGCUGAGUUUGAUUCGUACAUUGACUUCUGUUGCUUAGCUGAUCAUAAGAGACCUUAUCACCCACUUCUGAAGUAUUUGCAGUGAGAUGAAGUAGAAGUUGCACCUCGAUGCCAGCCCACACCCCUCCAUCACUGCUGAAAUAUGGGACCAGCUGUAGCUAUUGCUUGAUUAUUUUUGGUAUGUUUCAUUUUCAUAAAAAAAAAGAGGAAGAAAUCAUUUGAUUUGAUUUGAAAUGUGAAUUCUAUCAUAUUUCUGAAAUGUCCUGUCAAACCAAAAAGCUGUACAGUGGCUUUGGCAGUUGUAAACCAAAACAUAUAUAUAUAUUUUAUAUGUUCAUUUUAUUUUUGUUUUUGUAGCCAAUCAUGUACUUACACUGAUAGAUUGGUGUGAAGACACUUGGAGACCCAAUCAUGCAUAUAUGCAGUUACACAGCUGUACUGUGGAAGCCUAUGUAGACGUCAGAUGCGAGUUGUGCGUGUGUGCGUGUUCCUUAAUGUUUUUUCAGACGCCAGGGAAAAAGUGAUACAUGUGCACACACACACACACACAUUUGUUUAUAAUGAAGAAAUGGGAACUAGAUAUUUACCUUGCUUUUGCAAUCAAGCCUUAACUUGGACUUUUUGCAGUUUCUUUCCUUUGACAUUGAGCUUUUCCUGAGCCAGUAGAAAAAGGGUUUGAAGGCUGGACAAUGUUGUUACAGAAUUUGAUUUGACUGGAGACAUUGAUAACAAGGAUUCCGCACUGAAUCCUCUCAAUCCGUUGUGUUACUGAGGGAGUAGGGCACUAUUUAUUAGUGGAACUGAUGCAAUAAAGUGUCAAAUACA